CCGGGACGCACGACAUGCCUCCGCUUCCGACCAGCUUCGACGAGGAAACUGUAGCUGUCAUCGACUCCCUUGGCAGACGGCAAAGGGACAUAUCCACGUUUCAAAUACCCCGCCUCCGGGACUGCAACGAUGCUUUACUCGUCCAGCAGCAAUUAGCUGCGGAGCUACGAGACGACAUUGAGCGAUACGCAAGAGAUGUUGAGUCUCUGGAAGCGUCAGUGCCGGACCAGCGUGGGGACGUCAAUCGUCGAGCGCUAAGCUCUACAGUGCAGUCAUUCAAGGAUGAACUCAUCAAGAUGCGCAAGGAGUUCCGAGCUGCAAUCCUGGCGUCCAAGAGGCGAAUAGAUGCACGGAACCAGUUAAACCGAGAAGAACUGCUUAAGUCAUCCGUACUUGAAGAAAAGCAGACCGAGAGAGCUGCAGACGAUGCCCUCAUGAGGGCGAACAACAACGUGACUGAAGCGCUCCGUCGUACUGUCGGCCUAAUGCAAGGGGAGCUGGAGAAGUCUGUCCUCUCCCACCAAAUGCUUGAGGAGUCAUCUGCCAAUCUGCGUUUGACCUCUACCGCGCACGAUACCCUGUCAUUCAUCAUGGGCACCUCCAAACAGCUCAUCACCGCCCUCGAAAAGUCCGAUUGGCUCGACCGUAUGCUCAUCCUCUCCGGCCUGCUAUUCUUUCUCCUCGUCGUACUCUUCAUCCUGAAACAACGGAUCCUGGACCGAGGGCUGCGCCUCGCACUGUGGUGGACAAGAUUUCUGCCGAGCGACUCCGGAUGGAAAAGCGUCGAACAGGAACUCGUGCAAGCGGAACGAGGGGAGUUUACGGAGCUCACCACCGCGAUAACCACAAUAGUUGGCAGUGUGACAUCCCUUGCGAGUGCGUUGAGCACUGCUGUGGAGUCUGUGGGUUCUGAUGCUAGCUCUGCGCUUCUGCAUUCCACGACGGAUACCUCAUCGCUUACGAGGACUAUUGGGGUAGCAGAUCUGCCAUCGACACCCAGAGACGAAUUAUAG